AUGUACUUUGAUGGGGCCAUGAAUAAGAGCGGAGCCGGUAUAGGGGUAGUUUUGGAAGCACCGAAUGGAGAACAAUUGUUAAUGUCAAAAAGGCUAUGUUUCCCAGCCACUAAUAAUAUUGCAGAAUAUGAGGCUUGCAUUUGUGGCCUAGAGGCAUUAAUAGCUGUUGGGGCUAAAAAAGUGGAGGUGUUUGGAGAUUCAAUGCUAGUGGUUUCCCAUGUUAAAGGUGAAUGGGAAUUGAAAGAAGAAAAGUUGAGGCCAUACCUAGAGUAUGUUAAGAAACUAUUAUUUAGCUUUGAGGAAGUGACAAUGAAGCACAUGCUUAGAGCUCAGAACCAGAUGACUGAUGCUCUAGCCACGCUGGCAUCCUUGUGGGAGAAGGGUGAUCAGAAGCUGACCCAGCCAGUUAUCCUAAUGAGGAGUAGAAUCCCAUGCUAUGAAGGGUUAAUAAUAGCACAUUUAGAUCUAGAAGAUGAGAUGAAAUGGUAUGAGGACAUAGAAGAUAUUUAG